AUGUUGAAUAGAGAUGCAUCAUUGUUUGAGGAUGACAUCAUUUCUAUUUCAUACGUGGAGUCUUUAGCAUUAGCUAAUAGGUCCAUCGUUGAGAAAAAAGCUGCUGCAUAUGGAGAAGUUGUCAAGAAUCUCACUAGUGCAAGAGAGCGUUGUUUACCCUUUAAACCUGCUACAGCUUUUAAGUGUGCUCUUGAGAGUUUGGGUCUUAAUGCAUCUGGUGGGAAGUCAGUUGGCAUUCAGAAGAUCUGGCAUCUAUUGUCGUCUCUGAUGGGUGAAGAUUCAACUGUCCAACAUAAUGUUUCAAAGAAAAUGUCUUUAGUAAUUGGAGCUAGACGUCACCUAGAAUGGGGUCAUGAGAAGUACAUCAUGGAGACAAUUCAAGCCCAUCCUGCUCAGGCUGCACUUGGUGGCGCUGUUGGUAAUUUGCAGAGAAUCCGCGCCUUUCUCAGGAUCCGUCUAAGGGACUACGGGGUUCUUGAUUUUGAUGCAGUUGAUGCCCGUAGACAGCCUCCCAUUGAUACCACCUGGCAGCAGGCUUUUGCAUUUUGGUUUGAGCUAUUAGAUGUUUCCGUUAAGUUUUUUUUUGAUAGUUGGUGGUCUUGUGAUCCUUCAAGAUCCCAGUCAUUUGUUUUACUUUUAAGCAUUCAACUUCUUCCAGCCGUCCUAUAUUUGUCCAAGGACAUGGGAGACGAGGGGUAUAAUGUAGAUGCUGUUCAUAUGGCUAUUGUCUUAGCGGACUAUGGGGUCCUCUCUGACAGUACAUGGGUAGGUCAAAAAUUUGGGGUCAUGGAUGCUUUUGCUGAAGCCUCUAGCAUAAUUGGGCAGUAUGGAUCAUUAUACCAUCGUCAUGGUGAUCUGUUAAUGUCAUUGGAGUACUAUGUGCAAGCUGCUGCAGCAGUGGGUGGUGGGCAGUUGUCGUGGAGUGGACGUGGUAAUAUUGAUCAGCAAAGGCAAAGGAGCUCAAUGUUGAAACAACUUCUUACAGAGCUAUUGUCGCGGGAUGGUGGUAUUGAUAUUUUACUUGGUCCCAGGGGUACUGGAGAAGAAGGUCAACUUGGAAGGUUUUUGACUGAUGAAAAGACUAGACAACAAUUUCUGCUUGAAGCUGCUCGGCAGUAUCAGGAUGCGGGGCUCUAUGACAAG